GCCCCAUGUCCUGCCUCAUAAGGUCAUUGGCUAUGUUUAUAAUCAGUCAUCCAUAUUAGUAAUUUCUAUAAAAAGGAAAAUAAUGUAUCUGGUCAAUUGCAUUUGACAUUUGUGGUUGAGCUCAAUCCUUGGGAUGCUUUUCUUUCUUUACACACUCCUGCUUUUCAUUCACAUACAAGCAGAAAAGCCUUCUUGCAGAAUGAUGGGAGACCCCAAUUACCUGCUGAUAUCCAAAGAUGGAGAUGUAACUAUUGGAGCACUUUUUCCAAUCCGGAGCAUAGAGACUUUACCUUCAUUUGAGUUUACACAAAAACCUCAGCUGCUAUCAUGCUCAAGUGUAAAUCUAAGAGAUUUCCGGAUGGCUCAGACCAUGACCUUUGCCAUUGAUGAGAUUAACAAAAGUAAAAGUUUACUCCCAAAUGUUUAUAUUGGUUACCGAAUUUAUGAUACCUGUGGUUCAAGACUUUCUUCUAUGAGUGCAACUAUGGCAUUAAUGAAUGGACAAGAAUUUGCAGCAGAGGACACAUGCAAUGGGCAGUCUCCUAUACAUGCCAUCAUAGGAGAAACAGAGUCAUCAGCCACAGUGAUUCUGUCCAGAACUACGGGACCUUUUAAAAUUCCAGUGAUAAGUCACUCAGCCACAUGUGAAUGUCUUAGUAACAGGAAAAACUAUCCCUCUUUCUUCAGGACUAUUGCUAGUGAUUAUCACCAGAGCAGAGCACUUGCAUACAUAAUCAAGCACUUUGGCUGGUCUUGGGUGGGAACUGUGAACAGUGACAAUGAUUAUGGAAACAAUGGAAUGGCCAUAUUUCUGAAUACAGCCCAGGAAGAAGGGAUUUGUGUGGAGUACUCUGUGAAAUUCUACCGAACAGAGCCUGAAAAGCUUAGAAAAGCAGUUGACAGAAUUAAGAAAAGCACUGCAAAAGUGAUUGUUGCAUUUCUUACCAGUUUUGAAAUGGAAAAUUUACUUGAGCAAUUAAGCACUGAGAAUAUUACAGGCCUGCAAAUAAUUGGGGUGGAGGCAUGGAUAACUGCUAAGAGUUUGAUCACUCCAAACAGCUUUCAUGUACUUGGAGGGUCGCUGGGUUUUGCAGUGAGAAAAAUCGAUAUUGAAGGUUUUGCAGACUAUGUUAUAAAAUCAUUCUGGGAAACAGAUUUUCCAUGUUCAUGGACAGAGGGAAAUUCUUCUCAAAAUGCAAGUUGCAACAUAUAUCAGGAUCUACUUUUGCUUAAAAACUACAAUGAAGAUGUGCCUGAACAAAGAUAUUCAAGCAAUGUGUACAAAGCAGUUUAUGCUGUGGCUCAUUCACUACACAGUCUACUCAAGUGUAAAGAAAGGGAAGGUUGUGAGAAAGACCUGAAAAUACAACCUCAGCAGGUUGUUGAAGCUCUGAAAAGAGUAAACUUUACCGUAAAGAUGGGAGAUCGUGUGUGGUUUGACAGCACUGGUGCUGCAGUAGCCCAAUAUGAGGUUGUGAACUGGCAGAAGGACUCUGAUGGCUCAAUCCAAUUUAUACCAGUGGGAUACUAUGAUGCUGCACUGCCCCCUAACCAGAACUUUGUGCUCAACACUAAAAACAUUAUCUGGACUGGAGGACAGCUGGAGAAGCCAAGGUCUGUGUGCAGUGAGAGCUGUCCUCCAGGCACUAGGAAAGCUGCACAGAAAGGAAGACCUGUCUGCUGUUACGACUGUAUUCCAUGUGCAGAAGGAGAAAUCAGUAAUGAGACAGAUUCAAACAAUUGCAAGCAGUGUCCAUGGGAAUACUGGUCAAAUGCUGAGAAAAAUAAAUGUGUGUUAAAGGCUGUAGAGUUUCUGUCAUUUACAGAAGUUAUGGGUAUAGUGCUAGUCUUUUUCUCACUCUUUGGAGCAGGAUUAACUGCACUGGUGGCCACCCUUUUUUACAGUAAGAAGGACACCCCCAUAGUAAAGGCCAAUAACUCUGAACUGAGCUUCCUGCUCCUCUGCUCACUGACUCUGUGUUUCCUCUGUUCACUUACUUUCAUUGGUCGGCCCACUGAGCUGUCCUGUAUGUUGCGUCACACAGCAUUUGGAAUCACCUUUGUCCUCUGUAUCUCCUGUGUUCUGGGGAAAACAAUAGUGGUGUUAAUGGCUUUCAAGGCUACACUACCAGGAAGUAAUGUCAUGAAAUGGUUUGGGCCUGCACAACAACGACUCAGUGUUCUUGCCUUUACGCUUAUACAAGUUCUUAUCUGUGUGCUUUGGCUAACAAUAUCUCCUCCGUUUCCCCACAAAAAUCUGAGAUAUUAUAAGGAAAAGAUAAUUCUUGAGUGCAAUCUGGGUUCUAUAAUAGGGUACUCUGCUGUUCUGGGUUAUAUUGGUCUGUUGGCUGUCUUGUGCUUCGUUCUGGCUUUUUUGGCUCGCACACUACCUGAUAACUUUAACGAAGCUAAGUUCAUCACAUUCAGUAUGCUUAUAUACUGUGCUGUAUGGAUCACAUUUAUCCCAUCUUAUAUCAGUUCUCCUGGAAAAUUUACUGUAGCUGUGGAGAUUUUUGCUAUCUUAGCCUCAAGCUUUGGUUUGCUAUUCUGCAUAUUUGCACCUAAAUGUUACAUCAUCCUACUUAAGCCAGAACAAAAUACAAAACAAAAUAUGAUGGGAAAGGCCCCAUCUAAGUCCUACAGAGAGAGAAAAUAA